AUGGAUCCUAAUGCCUUUAUGGUUGGAGGUGGCAUGCAGAUGCAGCAGAGACCACAGCCUCAGAAUGACCAGCACACCAACGAACUCCUGGCUAGGAUCGUACAAGAGUUGAACAAGAAUCCCAUACACACAGGAUGGCAGGCUGGCUUCGACCUUCGCACUCGUGCCGUUUGCAUUCUCAACCUAGUGAAAGCACUACGUCUACUGAAUAGUGCUAGCGACUUGGCGAGCGCCGUCCAAGUCGCAAUGCGCUUCGAGAGUCAGAUCAUCGCAAACAGUCCCUCCGAGGACCAGUGGAUGGCUGGCAUAAAGCAAAAAUUGAACGAGAUCAGUCAGGCCCACCAACAAGCGCGUAUGAAAGCACAGCAACAACAGCAACAGGCCAUGGGAAUGCAAAUGCAGCCCAGUCGCUCGCAUCAAGGCGAGAUGGCUCCACAAAUGCCCAUGGCGCCGCAGAUGAUGGGCCAGAUGAAUAUGCAACCGCACAUGCAACAGCCUCAACAACAACCACCGUCACAGCAGCAGCAGCAACAACCGCAGCAACAGAUGGCACAAAACCAGCAACCCCAAGCCUACACUCCUGAGGAACAAAAGCAAAUAACAAAUCUUGCACGCAGCAUGAUAACUUCAGUCCCCGAAGAUCAGAGGAAUCUCAUGCGUCAGCGUCUGCUAGCCCAAAUACCUCCACAGCAGAGGGAACACUACCAGCGUCAAGGAGUUGACCCUCUCGCCAAACACUUCCAGCAGCUCGCAAUGAAGAAGUUCAAUGCUUCGAGGAGGCCUCAACAGGCUGGAGGACCCAUAGACUUCUCAUCUUUUGCUGGUCAACAGGCCGAUGCCAUGAAGAUGGCUGACCAAGGUCAGCUUGUCGUGCCAGCUAGCAACAACAACAUGGGAAUGGAUCCUGCAGCCGCCAACAUGGCCAACAUGGGUCAGAUGAACAUGCCGCCUGCUAUGCAGAACAACCAACAACAGAUCCAAAACAUGAUGGCUCAGAGACAGCAGCAGACACAGGCUCAGAUGCGCAACACCCAGAUGCAGCAACAGGCCCAGGCUCAAGCUCAGGCUCGUAGCGCUGCUCAGCAACAAGCCCAGCAACAAAUGCUUCGAGGGCAGCCCGGUGGCCUUAACACCACUCAGCCUCCACAGCAGAGCCCUGCCAUGUCGAUGCUUAACCGUCCUAUGGUGCCACCUGGCCAACCCUCUCAGACCCCCCCUCAAACUCGUCCCCAGCCCACACCUCAACCUAAUCAGCAGAUGAACCCUCAGAUGAUGGCUCAGUUCAGCCAACAGAUUGCGAACAAUCCUGGCAUGUUUCCUACUCCUAAACCAGACUUACAGAUUCCUCCUGGAGUUCAGCUCCCUCCCCAGUUGAGGGCCAAACUCGAGGGAAUGCCACCUGAUCAACAACAUCAGAUCCUACAAAGGAUUCGCGACUCACAAAAGGCACCGCAGCCAAAUCAAGCACAACAGCAAAUGAUGAUGAACGGCAUGAACCCCGGAGCGCCUAUGGGUCAGCAACUACCAAAUGGCACUAUGGGUAUGCCGCCACAAGUUCCUUUGAACCCCCAGCAGCAGAUGGCCAUGGGUAUGCCUGGAGGUCCAAACCAUCAACAGAUGCAGCAGCGACUUUUGUUGCAGCGGCAGCGGGAGAUGGACGCAAGGCCGUUCCCUCCAAGGGUCCUGAACGAAAUAUGUUCGGUGCCACCGAAUGUCAAGACAUGGGGUCAGUUGAAGGAAUUUGUGCAACAAAAUCAGCAGAAUUUGCCUCCAGAUAUGAUGGACAAGGUCCGUCGCUUCCAGUCACUCGUCAUCCAAAAGCAGCAGCAGCAAGCAGCGAUGGCCAAUGCCAACGGCACACCUGGAUCUCAGAUACCCGGCCAAUUGCCACAAGGUGCUAUGCCCAACCACCCGACAAUGGCCGGUAGCCAAGCCCCUCAAGCACCGAUGGUACCACAACCAUCUCAAAUGGGUCAAGGGCCAGGUAUGCCCAACAUGAACGCAAAUCCUCAGAACAUUGCCAAUAUGGGCAACAUGCCCAUGCCUCCGGUCACAGAGCAAGAAUUACAAGCCUUCAAAGCGAGGAUUCCUGCAGCUCAGGGCUGGUCGCACGAACAGCUUCGAAAGAACUUUAUGCAGUGGAAGUAUUCACAAAUGCAGAAGCAGAAUCCCGCCAUGAUGAACGCGAUGCGGCAAGCACAGAUACAGCAGUCUGGAACACCUGGCAUACCGCCUCAGAAUCCUAUGGCACCUCAGGUACCUCAGAUGGGUGCUCAAUCUGCUGCCAUGGUGCCCCAGUUGUCUCAACAGCACAAUGCGAACAUGCAGCAGCAGAACACACCAGCGAACAAGAAGGGUCAGAAGCGCCAGGGUGCAAGCGAUGAUGUUGUCGAGAUCCCCAACCCAAACCAGUCACCUCAAAGACCUGCACCCAACAACGCACAGCAGAAGAACCAGAAGCCAACUAUGCAGCUCGAUCCUGAGCAGCUCAAGAACAUGCAUCCUGACAAGAUCAAACAAAUGGCACCAGAACAGCGUGCUGUUAUGCAACAGUCGAUGCAGCAAUUGCAGCAGAAGAUGCAAAUGGAUGCUCUAAAGAGAGCACAGUCCUCAACUAACCAGAACCAGAAGAUGUUAGACGGGCAGCAGGCAUCACAAUCGCAAGCUGCACAACUAUCGCAGGCUCAACUGCAGACUCAAGGUGGUUCACAGCCUGCGCAAGUCUCGCAGCUCAAGGUACAGCAGCAGAGAGCCAGACUAGCAGCCAUAACUGCGGAGACAGAGGCUAGCUACAGGAAGGGUCCUCCUCAGCAGGUGACUGACACCAGCUUCAACGAGGUCGUCCUGAAAUUGCGUGGUUGUCGAGACAUGAUUGUGAAGCUGGAUAAGAUGCUGCCUACUGCCAUGACGUUCGUCAACGACAAAAUUGUUCGCCAGAUCUGCCUGGAGAGGGCUAAGCUUCUUGGUGAGAUGCGCUUGGAUGGCAACGUCAACGAAUACCUCUCGUUGUCGAUACAGCAGAUUAACGAGGCCGAGUCGAGGAUUCGUCAGUUCAUCAUGCAAUGUUUGCAGCACAUACAUAAGUUGAAGUCAACCUCCUCACCCGAGCAAGCGCAGCAGAAUGCCGACCAAGCGAAGCCCUCGCAAGCACCACUGGCAGCUACCGCUGCUAUGGCGAGAACAGCAUCCAAGAGCGGAGACCGAUCCAAGCCACCUCCAGCGCCUACAUCGGCCGUGCCUCCUCCAUUCCCUGUCAGUCAUCCUUCCCCCCACGGUGUACCCGUCUAUGACGGCAGUAUUCAAGGACUUACACCCGAUAAGCUACAACUCCCUGCCAACAAGCGCAGAAAGACCGGUCAGCCUGGCAGUUCAGCUUCUACACCUGCCAACGCAGGCACAACCCCCGGCAGCAUGCCUAGCCCCAGCAUCAAGAUGCAAAGUCCUGAUGACAAGAGGAAGCAAAUGCAGCCCAAGGUUGAGCCACCACGAGGUCCGGAGAAGAAGUUCAAGUGCGCAGACGAGUACUGCGAGUUCCAUGUCACCGGCUUUGAAAAAGAGGAAGAGCUUCAGGCGCACACAGCGGAAGCACACAAGCAGAUCGAGAAUCCUCUUGACUUCUUCCUCGAGAAUGCGGCUGCAGCGUUUGAGCUCGACAUGGAUGGUAAUGAGAAGGCACAACAGAUUGACAGCAAGCCGGUUCUUGCCAGCGCUAAGCCAUCUGCACUGGGACCAAACACAAUCAAGAAGGAGGCACUCAAGGUUGAUGGACACACUCCUGGCAAGACCAUCAAGGCAGGCACGCCUUCUCCAUUCAUCAAGCCUGGAACGCCACCGACCACUGGCCGUACACCGCAAGGUCAGAAGAGAUCUGCGCAAGAUGAGCCGAUCUCGGCAUCGCCAAAGAAGAAGACCAUGCUUGACACUAUGAUGGAGAAGGCUGGCGUUACUAUGCCGCCGACCGAGAAGCCUGCUGUGCCUGAGGAGGAUCGUAAGCAAACUUCGACAUCUCCUAACAUGUGGAACAGCAAUGACGCCGAUGACAACUUCAUGAGAUCUGUUCGUGAGAGUCUCAAUGGUCUUGAUGAUGGGCUACAGUACUCUGAUCUGGACUGGCCCGUUGAUCCCUCGCCUGAUCUCACACCGUCGAGCUCCAAUUCUGGUACUUCAGCGGCAACCUCUAACUUCACCGACAUUAGCGAGCACGAUCGUCUCAAGAUCAUGUUCGAGAGUGACCCCUUCGGUCUCGGCUCUGGUAUCCAAUUCGAUAUGAGCGACGACCUUGGCAUGGGUAUUAUGGGAAUUCAAUCUACAUUUGACAACAAAAAGGAAGGUCAGGACAAAGCUACACCACCACCUGACGUUAGUUGGGACGCCUUGUUUGGGCCCAAUGCUGGCUUGGACAGGAACGACACCAAUUGGGACAAAGAUCCCAUGGGCAACAGCAUUUUUGACGGCGUUACCUUCUCCGACAUUUAG